AUGUCCUCAGCUUCUCAUUCAUUUACUGCUCCUGUCCUUCUGCGUGCACGUAAUUUCCAGUGGUAUUGGAAUUCCAUAGCGGAUCCGUGGUCUGCUAACGGUCAACAAUGGCAGAAGUACACUGAUGUUGAAAAUGAAAUUAUUGAAGAUGCAAGUAAUCAAAAGAUGUUCGAUAUUGAAAUCGACGGAGAUUAUAUAAUUAACUUAGAGUGUUUGUUGCAAUAUAAGAGAGGUGAUGAAUUUACAGCGUGUCCAAUUAAACGUGUUCAGCUCGACAAAGAUAGAAGUAAUAUUCAUCCACGUGAAGAACGAUUUUUACUACCAGUGAUACUUGCUACUUCAACAUUUUCAUCUCAGGAGUCGCAGAAUGAAAAGGAACUUGAUUGGCUACGAACAUAUGGUUAUAUUACGGGUUGUUAUUGGAACCUGCAACUACAGAACAAGAAUAAAACAAUUGCUGAAGUUGUUGAAGAGGCUGCUCAUGGAAUUAUUAAAGAAGGAUCAGCAAUUGGUAAAGUACAUGAAGCACAAUGGCUCUCUCAGCAAUUAGUAGCUAUCAAAGGUUUUGGUUCCAACAUCAACGCAAACUUUAUUCAGUGCUUUCCUUCGGAAAUCGGUGAAACAUGCGCCUAUCUCUAUACAAAAGAGUCAUUUUUUGUAUAAAUUAAUUAAUUUCAUUCUUCGUGAUCCACAUUCUAUCACUCUUGAACAAGUGAAAAGCU